AUGAAGAAAAAGAUUGUGAUUGAUCUUCCUGUCAACACUGAUCAAUGUAGAUCAAAAGCUAUGCAAAUUGCUGUUAGAAGUCCAGGGGUGAUAUCAGUGAAUAUAGAUAAGGAAAAAGAUCAUUUGGUGGUGAUAGGAAUUGGUGUCGAUUUCUUUAGGUUGAUGCAUUGCAUAAGAAGGAAAUUCAAGUGUUCUCGAAUUGUGAGUAUUGAAGAAGUAAAAGAAGAGAAGAAGCCCGAACCGGAAAAACCCAAGGAACCUUGUCCUUGUCCUUCAAUAUGCAAUCCAUGUGUGCAAUACUAUCCAAUAUGUCAACCCGUUUAUGACACUUACGAUAAUCCAACUUGCUCUAUUAUGUGA